AUGAGUAACACGGAAGAUGGAAAAGAUGAGGAAAUUGAACAAUUGGAAAAUAAGAUUGAUUGGGAAUCAUUGCUGAAUGUAGCAAAUGAUCCAGAUUUUAACGAAUUACUUCAAUCACCGAUCGAUGAUGCAAUCAAUAUUCUAAAAACAGGGCGAGAAAUUCAGAAAUUGUCAAUAAUUCGAACAUUGAACGAUUUAUUAGAAACUGAUGGAGAUCAAGUGGUCGAGAAGGUUAUGCCAGCCAUUCAGGUUGUACCAUUGACUAUUUCACAAGCUGAAACAUCACAACGAGCACAGCGACGUGUAUUAGCAACAAAAUUAGUCGAUAAAUUGUGCAGAAAUUUAGAUUCUUUUGAUAUUCGACGUGAUAUUAUACCUUGUGUACAAAUGCUUUGUAAUGAUCCAAAUUCAAAUGUGCGAAGCUCUAUGGCUCAACAUCUGGCGGUUGUCGCCGAAUCAUUAAGAAAUCCAAGUGAUUGUGGUUCAGCAUUAGUACCGUGUUUGGUGCAGUUGUGCAAAGACACUGAAAUUGGAACACGUGAGGCGGCAUUGAACACCAUUGCGCUCUGUAUACCAUUCCUAUCAAAAGAACAACGCAAAUGUUCGAUUAUUCCACUUUUGAAACGUUCCACCGAGCAAGCAAUAAGCACUCAAGAUGAAACACUCAAUGUGAUAGCUAAAAAUCUUGGCCAAUGGAUAGAUUUACUACAGAAUGAAUUGACAAUACGAGACUAUAAGUGGUUCUUGGAUAUCUAUGUUCAAAUUGCUAACCUACCAGAAUGUCUUCCAUCCAGUGAUAAUGAUAUUAGCGCUCGAUCGAAUAUUCAAACAUCUGUGAGACGCAUGUGUGCUUAUAAUUUCCCUUGUAUGGUAUUGAAAUAUGGUGCAGAUUUCUUCAAGGAUCGUUUGUUACCAAUUUUGGAAGGUUUUUGCUGUGAUCCAGACGAUGAUAUUCGAUGUGCAACAGCUGCAGGAUUUCAUGAGGUUGUAAAAUUGAUGCCAAAUGAACCAUCUCUUCUACCACCAUUUUUCGAGUUAAUUCGUGGAAGUCCUGCCGAAGUUGUUGGGCAUUUGAUGGGUAGCCUUGAUCGAAUUCUUCCCUCACUUUACAAAUGUGUUUCUGAGCAAAAUAAUUGUCAAAUUAGCAGAUUGCAGUUGGAUCAUAUUGUCAUAGGAUGUAAUCGAUUAAUACGUAGAACAAGUUCUUGGAGGGCGCAAUAUUCCUAUCUACAAAAUAUCGCUGUACUGCGACAUUUGAUCCCUGUUAAGGAUCUCUUUAUCUCCUUUGUUCCAAUGCUUAAGCAAGAAGUUCUAACGACGCGUGCAAUUCCAUGUCGUGUUGCUGCUUCGAUUACACUUCUCUUAUUCAUGCGAGAAAAUCCAAAUGAAAUUGAUCGCCAAUCUAUCAUUGAUUUUUUUAUUCACUCAGUCGCAAAUCAUCAGAAUUGUCAUCGACGUCGAUUAUUUUUGGAUAUGAUCCCAGAAAUUAUCGUCAAUUUUAGCCGCAAAUUUUUUCACGCGCACUUUUUGACUCCAAUUUUGGAGAUGGCAAACGACAAAGUGGCAAGUAUUAGAUUGCAAUUGUGUCAUAUGCUUUCAAAAAUAAAAGCAAAUUUGUAUUUGCCCCAGGAUGAGGAAAUAUUGCUACGUGUAGAAGGAAUUAUUCGUGAUUUGCUUUCCAAAGAGCAAAAUUCAUCAACGCGACAAUUAAUUCAAACGUAUGCAUGUGAAUUAUCUCGAGCUGAAACCCGAAACAAGAAUGAUAAAUCGGAUGAAUUGAAACAAAAAGCGGAGAAUGAGAUUUGGAAUCAGAAGGAAUUAACUGUCGAAGGAACAGACAGUAAUGCUUCAGAGAAAUGCCUGAGAAGUGAAAAAAGAAUUAAUGACAAAAACGAUGGUCACUUAGAUAAGGGUCCUUGGCGUACACAUAUACAACGUUCCAAAACGGCUAUUGUACGACCACAACCGCAAGUUGUUGUCACACAGCGUAGUCCAAGUCCAAUGCCACGUAACUUUAGGACUACUGUGGAAGAACGAAAAUCACGACUUCCAUUAGCUACCACACAAAACAACAGAUAUUUAGAUACAAAACAUAAAACAACAACAACAACAGCAUCACCAGCGACAUCUUCAGUCAGCAGGACCUUACCAUUAACAAGUCGCAGAGGUAGCACUCAGACGACAACCAAAUCUUCUCUUUCAACAGGUCGCAGAAGUUCAACAACUUCAGCUGGAAAACCUCCAACUGGUUUAAGUGCUGAUAACACAAAUGUUUUAAUAUCAUUGACAGCACGUCGCUCCUCAGCAACUACCGUGAUGUCGCGUUCGGUGUCAUCUUUAAAUGGAAAAGUUGGAUUAAUGCCAUCACAAUCCACCGACUCAGUCACAUUAUUUGGCCAAGGACUUAUGAAAGUUCGCAGUUUUUCAAAUAUAGCCAGGACACCAAGUCAUCUGAGUAUGAAAGUGAAAAGUAUUAAUUGA